AUGCCAGAAGAAGAAAGUCUAGCUUCCGACUCUGAAUCCGAGGUUGAAAAUGCUGGUCAAUUUCCAAGUAAUUUGAAACCGUGGGAAGUUGUACAAUCUCAAAGCGUUUCACAGGAGAGACUUCAUAUCUAUGUUCUGGAGAAACGACUAGCUGCCGUCGAAGCAAAGCUUUUGGAGAACUCGAAAGAUAAAAGGCAACUAACCGACAAGGAAAUGGCUAGCAGCCGAUCAGUCAUACGAAAGAAAGCCCGCCGCAUAUCGAACCCCUCUUCUCUACCAACGCUUUCCCAGGUCGCAUGGCUCAGUUAUGAUGCGUUCAAAAACAAUUUUAGAGACGAUGAGUAUCAAUGCGCAAUCGAAGUGCUCAGCGCAGGGUUUGAUCUGAAGCAAGAGAUUGAAGAAAUUGGUCCACAGAUCUCUUUUGACCCAACCAAUAAUCCCACGCUCCCAAUCAAUCGUGGCAAACCGAGGCGAUCAGAAAGAUCUACGCCCUCAAGCGUGAGAUCUGCAUAUAGAGUGCGAAUCCGAUCUCCAUCUCUUCUCCUCGUUCUUAAUAAAGUCAUCGGAUACGGCAGAAUGGACUGGACAACAUUUGCACGCCCUUUCAAGCCAUUGAUAUUUUACCAUGAUGCCAUGAAAACUAAUCUUUCUGACCUGGAAGCAAAAUGGGGCGAAACGGAGCGCAACCAACCGGCCGAACACUGGUCUAUUUUGAGAGGAGAAAAAACAGACCAGAGUGCAUUGGAGCCAGGGAGCACGAGAAAGAGAAAUUCAUCUACCGUGUCCGCGGACAUGAUGGAUAGUGUCGAGGCUCUACGGGCCAUGAGGGUCUACGUCGAAUUUGUUGAGAGCGAAGUGAUUCCUCUUUAUCAUCAAUUUGAUGAGCAAAACGGCAAAGUUACUCCGCACAGAGUCAGGUUCGACGAUCUGUGGUAUCUAUUUCGCCUGGGAGGGCUCCUUUUCAAUGCCAAUGCCGCGGACCCCACAAAUGGCAAGGCAAGGGGUAGAUCUUUUCGAAGCCGACGGGUGAUGAGAGUAUAUUCGAUCACUUACCCUGACCAUGGUACGGAUGGGUAUUCCCAAAAUGACAAAGUAUUGAUCAGGUGUUACUCGAUCGAUCACAACGGUGAAUCAUACAUCCCAGUGAAGGGGAAAGUGACGAUCCCGUACUUUGAAGGAGAGAAAGAUAUACAGUCGCUGGACAUUUAUCCUGUUAGAUUUGCCCAGGACCAUCAACGGAUACUGCAAGAGUUGGAUGACCAAGGGAGACUCUUUCAGAAGUGCAUUUCCGAAAAGUAUUUGUCUUACAAGGGCUGGACUAUUGGAGACUAUGACUAUCCGGAAUACAUUGACAGUGAUGUGAUCGUCGAUUUUGUCGAGGCAUUGAAAGCACAUCCCCGCUGGUCGACCAUUUCGCAUAUACCAGCUUUGCACGAUGGCGAGGAUAACCAUUCGGUUAUGGCUGACGAUGUUCUUGGAACUAUCUGGACCGAUAAAGAGCGGACACAGGUCGCAGCAAACUUCCAAGAUGCAAUAUAUUCGGGCGCACCCAUUGACACGAAAGAAAGAAAUGUGAACCUCAAAACCGACAAAUUCCUUAGUGGGCAAAGGGAGAGACGCAGGAAUCCCGAUGGAAUCUCGAGUGACCGUAAGUUCGUCCCAGUGGAUAUUCGAAAACUCAGACUUGUGGUAGAUCAAGGCGAGCAAUUUAAGAAUGUAUUCAUUGCGAAGGAGCACAAGAAGAUGAUCAAUGCGGUGGUUGAUUCACACUUUGAAAGGAAGAAGAUCGAGAGAGACCCGAAGAUGGCAAAUAUGAGUCAGGAUAUUAUUCAGAACAAGGGAAGGGGACUCGUCAUCUUACUGCAUGGUGUUCCAGGGGUUGGAAAGACUUCCACGGCGGAGGCUGUCGCCAAUGCAAAGAGAAAACCCCUCUUCAUUAUUACAUGCGGUGAUCUUGGAUUCUCUCCGUCUGAGGUGGAAUCGUCACUGAAAGAAAUCUUUCGACUGGCCCAUCUAUGGGAUUGUGUUCUGUUGAUGGAUGAAGCAGAUGUGUUUCUGUCACAACGGUCGACCUGGGAUUUGAAGCGGAAUGCUCUGGUAUCAGUCUUUCUUCGUAUCCUGGAGUAUUACAACGGUAUCCUAUUCUUGACAACGAACAGAGUCGGAACGCUUGACGAAGCUUUCAAGUCUAGAAUCCAUGUCAUCCUCUAUUACCCGCCACUGAGCAAGAACCAGACAGAGGGAAUAUGGCGAAUCAAUAUAAGGAAACUGAAACAGAUUGAGGAAGAACGGCACAUCAUACUCGAUACCGGCAGUGACUCGGAUGAACUUCCCGAAUUACCAUUGAAAGUCGACGAAGAAGAGAUUCUGGAUUUUGCACUCAGUCACUGGCAGCAGCAUCAAUAUGGCAAGGGAAGAUGGAACGGAAGACAGAUUCGGAAUGCUUUUCAAAUUGCGGCGGCGCUGGCACGAUUCGAAAUGCGCACUGUCGCGAAAAAGCGCGAGAUGGAGAAACCCCCCAACACCCCCUCCGAGGCGUUACAAGGUGAGCUAAAGGCAAGGCAUUUCAAAGCUGUCGCAGAAACAAGCCACCACUUUGAGAUGUACAUGAACGAAACUAUGGGAAAGACGGAUGCCGAAAUUGCGCUGGAACAGGGGAACCGCGCUGAUCAUGUCAGUCGGCUCAAACAAAAAAUGACCGAAAAGCCCGUGAUACAGGAGCAUCUGGAUUUUGAUUACUAUGAGGGCCACUCUGGGGGUCAAAACAAUUAUCGAGAGGGUCGGUCUCUACCUAGGUCUUCGAAUACCACAGGAUGGGGGUCUCAGGGAUACACGACUUUGCGACAAGGCGUGGAUGCUUCAAUAUCCUUAGGAACCCGACCUGAAAUGACUAGAUCCAGUUCAUCGGAAGCUUUCUUGUCAUUUAAGCGUCAUGACAGGUCCGAGAGUCUUCACUUGCCUAAGGAUACUUUAAAUGCCUCUCCAGGCCGCCCUCACCCAGAAGCAUUGCGACCAGGAUGGCCAUCUGACUCAGAUUCGAAGACUAAAUCACAAAGGAGGAAAACACAGCCGGCCAUUAGUGGAGCCUGGUCCGGUCUUGAGUCGGAUUAUGAGUGA